CAUAAAGGGGACAAAGAGAGGGGGGCAAAAACUGGAACUCGGAAGUCUCCCAUCCCCGAAGUCUUUCUCCGCCGCCGCUCGAUCUAGGGUUAGGGUUUUUGGGUGGGGAUGGCGCAGGAGAGGCGGGAGACGGGGACGGUGAAGUGGUUCAACGGGGUGAAGGGCUUCGGCUUCAUCGCCCCCGACGCCGGCGGCGAGGACCUCUUCGUCCAUCAGACCUCCAUCCGCUCCGACGGUUUCCGCACCCUCGCUGAAGGCGACGCCGUCGAGUUCGUCGUCGAGCACGGCGACGACGGUCGCUCCAAGGCCGUCGACGUCACAGGCCCUCGCGGAUCCGCCAUCUCCUCCUACGGUGGAGGCGGAGGGAGGGAAUACUCUGGCGGCAGAGGCAGGGGAAUCGGAGGAUACGGCGGAGGGUAUGGUGGGGGUUAUGGAAGCGGUGGCGGCAGUGGUGGGUACGGGAGAGGUUGGAGGAGUGGGGGGAGAGGCGGGAGGAUGGGCGGCGGUGGAGGAUAUGGCGGCGGGUAUAGCGGUGGUAGCUUUGGUGGUGGUGGGCCGUGCUAUAACUGUGGGAGGACUGGGCACUUGGCUAGGGACUGUAACCAGGGAGGAGGGGCCGGCGGCUAUGGCGGCGGUGGAGGGAGGUACGGUGGCUAUGGAGUCGGCGGCGGGGGGGGUUGCUACAACUGUGGAGAGCAUGGUCAUUUUGCGCGGGAGUGCCCUAACGGCACAUGAAGUGAAGAUUGGAGAAGCUGGCAGAUUAAAAUGGCUUGUUAUUUGUGUCAAAAUUACUCUAAGGUGCAAGCCUUCUCCUGUCAAUUUUGGUGAAGGUUCCAUCUACUUUUCUUGGUUUGAAGUUUAUUAAGAAUCUUGUGCCGCCCACUUAUCACAUCAUGUGACACAAAGUAGUGAGGUGUUUAAUUUAUAAAGAUUCUGACGUUUGCCAUGGUCAUGACCAAUGAAAGAGUAUUUAGUGGCAUCUGUGGUGUCAUGGAAGAUCAUCAUCACCUUGAUAGUAUAACUUGCUUGUGAAUUGUGAUUAACAGCUGUAGAUGAAAGGAUGUAUGAAGUAUUUAUUCUUCACUUCUUACAGUAAUGUUCUACCAGGAUUGGCUGUUCUUAUCUGAAAAAGAUUGGCAUCUGUUGUUUCUCCAUGAAA